GCGAUCCCCGAGACCGACGAGUCUGAUCCUGAAAGUGUUCAGGCCACCCCCGUUUCCUAUCGCAAGCUGCGGCAUCACACGCCACACCCUCUACGUACGCCCAGGCAAUUUGUCGAUUGCCCGGAUCUCGGGAGGCUUCCUUACUCGGGGAAGGGCGUAAGGUCGCAAGCAGCAUGGACUCCGACGAGAGCGCCUCUCUGCUCGACUUGGAGAUCAAUUAUCGCGGAGGUCGUCAACGCCUGCAACCCAUGCAUUCAGAUGCUCCGACAUGGGCCUUGGAUUUUUACUGCAGUGCCGCAGCCCAAUGCCUUGCCCGACCCGCGGACGAGGCCCUGUCAGCACCUCUCUUCUCGUAAACGCGCUCGUGCCCCGUCCCCCGAACGGCAAAACGACCUUGCGCAUGGCGGCCCUCUCAAACGGCAGAGAAGCUCCCACAACCUGGACCCACGGUGUGGACAGCCUCUCGCAGAAUUCCCUCGUAAAAAAAGGAACAUGCAUACGAC